CAGCGGCAACCCUGUCGACUGUGAACCCCCUUAAACCCCACCUCCGCGGUCUCCGAACGGCCACAAACAAACGUAAUAGAGCAACCCCGUUGUGGCUACGUCAUGUGUUUCCACGCUUCGGUUCACUGUCGCCCGCCUGUCAAUCAAGCGGAAAUGCUUAUUAAUGCAGCAUAGCCGCCGAAAGGAACGGGGCUCGACGUCAAAAGAGACCGCAGGCUGGCAGUCAGGAGAGGAGCGGGGAAGAUGGCCUCUCCAUCGUUCACCCUGGACGCUCAGCAGAGGUUUCACGACAAAUGGCUGAAGGUGGACUUACAGUGGGCGUUCUCUGCCGAGGGACUGAGCGAGAUGUGGAAUGAAAUGGUGAAGGACGAGGAGAUCACGUUCAACGGUGAAGAGUCGACUCACCCAGAAGACUGUCCGGGAUGUUUCGGGAGCCAGAAGGACGAAGCCAACGACAAGGAGAAGAAGGAUGAGGAGGAGGCGUCCACGCCCGUGCACCACUCCAUCAUCGAGACCUGGGACUGGGGGCGGCAGCCAGACGAGAAGGAGCUGAAGGACUGCCUGAUGGUGCUAGUUGACGACCAGCAGAAGCUCUCGUCCCAGAUGGCCAAAAGCACGUUGUCUGCGCGACGCCUGUGCCAACGUCUGGUCAUCCUGGAGCGCUACCUCAUCUCUCUGAGCUACAGCAUGAUGGAGAAGGAGAAGGUCUACUGGAAGUUCCCCGUCAACUCACCGCGGCCCGCCACCGACAACAAAAGUCCACGUCCUGACAGCAAGAGUGUGGAAGGGUUGGCCAGAGUGGGCUCCAGGGCGGCGCUCUCAUUUGCCUUUGCCUUCCUGCGUCGGGCUUGGAGGUCAGGAGAUGACGCAGACCUUUGCAGUGAACUCCUCCAGGAGUCUCUGGAUGCUCUCCGGGCCCUGCCAGAGGCCACCCUGUUCGAUGAGGGCACCGUGUCCUCGGUCUGGCUGGAGGUGGUUGAGAGGGCCACCAAGUUCCUCAGUGAAAUCCAUGGAAACGCCAGCACCAAGGGAAACAUUCCCCUCCAGGACCAGCACCUGGCCCUGGCCAUCCUGCUGGAGCUGGCCGUGCAGAGAGGCACACUCAGUCAGCUGCUGUCGGCCAUCCUGCUGCUGCUGCGCCUGUGGGAGAGCGGCACCAGAGAGAUGGACAAUGAGCGUUCCACGCAGGGAACCAGCGCGCCUCUGCUGCCCCUUUUGCAGCGCUUCAAGAACAUACACAGCAGCAAGGAGGAGCCUGUCCUCGAGGAAGAACUGGAGAUUCUCUCAGCACCUCUGAGUCCAAACGAGAGUUUCCUGCGCUACCUGACGCUGCCCCAGGACAACGACCUGGCCAUCGAUCUUCGCCAGACGGCCGUGGUGAUCUUGGCCCACUUGGACCGCUUGGCUUGCCCUCGCAGCCCCCCGCAGCUCAACUCCCCUUCCACGCACAAGGGGAACAUGCAGGAGGUGAUUGCCUGCGGCCUCCUGGGCUGGAAGCUGUACGCCAACAUCAACGGACCGAUCCAGUGCAAAGCCCUGGCCAGCGUGGGAGUCACUCAGAUUGUGUGCUCGGAAAAAGGCUUUCUCAUCCUGUCCAACACCGGCGCUGUUUAUGCCCAAAACUACAAGAGCACAACCCUGGCGCCCAUGCUGAUCUACGGCCUGAGCUCCAGGAAGAUCAGCAAGCUGGCGUCACAUCCGGAAGGCCAGCAUUACUUGGCCUUGUCGUCCAACGGGGAGGUUUUCUCCUGGGGCUGCGGCGACGGCGGACGCCUCGGACACGGCGACACCAACUACCUGGAAGAGCCCACAAUGGUCGCUGCCUUCAACGGGAAGCAGGCAGGAAAACAAGUGGUGCACGUAGCGUGCGGGAGCACAUACAGCGCCGCCGUCACCGCCGACGGCGAGCUCUACACGUGGGGGCGGGGCAACUACGGUCGCCUGGGCCACGGCUCCAGCGAGGACCAGACCACGCCCCUGCUGGUGACGGCGCUGAAAGGACUGAAGGUGGUGGACGUGGCGUGCGGGAGCGGUGACGCCCAGACGCUCGCCGUCACAGAAAACGGUCAAGUGUGGUCCUGGGGAGACGGCGACUACGGGAAACUGGGCCGAGGGGGCAGCGAUGGAUGUAAGACGCCCAAGCUGGUGGAGAAGCUGCAGGACCUGGACGUGGUCAAGGUGUGCUGCGGGAGCCAGUUCUCCUUGGCGCUCACCAAGGACGGGCAGGUGUACACGUGGGGGAAGGGCGACAACCAGCGCCUCGGACACGGCUCCGACGAGCACGUCCGCUAUCCCAAAUUGUUGGACAGUCUGCAGGGGAAGAAAGUGGUGGACGUGGCAGUGGGAUCCUCUCACUGCCUGGUCCUCACCGAAGACGGAGAGGUCCACAGCUGGGGCAGCAACGACAAGCUGCAACACUUUGACACGCUCUUCUACAACAAGAAGCACCCGAAGGCUCUCCCCGGUCUCAAAUCCAAACACAUCGUGGGCAUCUCCUGCGGCCCGGGACAGAGUUUCGUCUGGUCCUCGUGCUCCGAGUGGUCCGUCGGCCAGCGCGUCCCCUUCGUGGUGGACGUGUGCCCUAUGACCUUUGAGCAGCUGGACCUGCUCCUGAGGCAGGUGAGCGAGGGCAUGGACGGCAGCUCCGACUGGCCUCCCCCGCAGGAGGAGGAGUGCAUGGUGGUCGCCACUCUCAACCUGCUCCGUCUCCAGCUCCAUGCUGCAAUUAGUAACCAGGUGGACCCAGAGGAGCUGGGCUUGGGACUGGGCAGCGCCCUGCUCAACAACCUCAAACAAACGGUGGUCAUGCUCGCGAGCAACGGCGGGGUCCUCAACACGGUGCAGGCCGCCGCUCAAGCCGUCCUCCAGAACGGCUGGUCGGUGCUGCUGCCCACUGCCGAGGAGCGGGCCAGGGCCUUGUCCUCGCUGCUGCCCAAUACCGCAUCAGGGAACGAGAGAAGUGUGACGCCUGGCCGGCGAUUCAUGAUCGACCUGCUGGUCAGCAGCUUGAUGGCUGACGGAGGCCUGGAGUCGGCUUUGAACGCGGCCAUCACGGCUGAGAUCCAGGACAUCGAGGCCAAGAAGGAAGCCCAGAAGGAGAAAGAGAUAGACGAGCAGGAGGCCAACGCUUCCACCAUGCAGCGUUGUCGCACCAUGCUGGACAAAGACCUCAUCAACACCGGGAUCUACGAGUCUGCAGGGAAGCAGAUCCUCCCUCUGGUGCAGCUCGUCCAGCAACUUUUGAGAAACAUCGCAUCGCAGACCAUCGCCAGACUGAAGGACAUCGCUCACCUGCGCAUCUCCAACUAUUUAGAGGCCGAGCACGACAACAAGGAGCGCUCUGCGUCUUUGGACCUGCUACUACGCUUCCAGAGGCUGCUGGUCAGCAAACUCUACCUCGGCGUCAACGACUCCGUCAAUGCCAACGGAUACAAUCCUGAGCUGCUGGGUGUGGGCUCUUUGUUGAAGAAGUACAUCGCCUUGCUGUGCACUCACAUUGGCGAUAUCCUCCCCGUGGCAACCAGUAUCGCCUCCACCGGGCACCGGCACUUCGCUGAAGUCUCCCGCGUGAUCGAAGGCGAUCUAACCGGUGUGCUCCUGCCCGAGUUGGUGGUGUCCAUCGUCCUCCUCCUCACCAUCGAUGCGGGACUGAUGCAGGAGACGGGCUCCGUCCCCCUCCUGGCCGGACUCCUGGAGCACCUGGAUCGCUUCAACCAUCUGGCGCCUGGACACGAGCGGGACGAUAACGAGGACCUGGCGUGGCCCGGCAUCAUGGGCUCCUUCUUCACGGGGCAGAACUCCAAAAACAACGAAGAGGUGUCCCUCAUCCGCAAGGCCGACUUGGAGAACCACAACAAAGAUGGCGGCUUCUGGACGGUCAUUGCCGGAAGGGUCUACGACAUCAAGGACUUUCAGGCUCAGUCCCAGUCGCUAACAGGAAACAGUAUACUGGCCCAGUUUGCAGGAGAAGACCCGGUCGUCGCCUUGGAGGCAGCCCUGCAGUUUGAGGACACCAGGGAGUCCAUGCAGGCCUUCUGUGUCGGACAGUAUAUGGAGCCAAACCAGGAGACGGUGACCACUCCAGACCUCAGCAGCCUGUCGUCCCCGCUUGUCGACACCGAGCGGAACCUGGGCGUGCUGCUGGGUCUCCAUGCCUCCCACCUGGCCAAGAGCACCCCCCUGUCCGCCAUGGAGGUGGAAUGUGCCAAGUGGCUGCAGUCCUCCAUCUUCUCCGGGGGCCUGCAGACCAGCCAGAUCCACUACAACUACAACGAGGAGAAAGACGAGGACCACUGCAGCUCCCUGGGGACCACCACUCCAGACCGUGCCAAGCUGUACUCGCGCAGGAUCACCCUCAGCGACCACGCGCAGCCUUUCCUGCAGGCCAUCGCUGACAACAGCACCCAGGACCACACCGUGAAGGACUUCCUGUGCCAAAUCGAGCGUUGCUGCAAGCAGUACCAUCUCAUCACACCCAUCACCUUCCCCCCCGAGCACCCUGUGGAGGAAGUGGGCCGUCUGCUGCUCUGCUGCCUGCUCAAACAUCAGGACCUUGGUCACGUUGCUCUCUCACUCGUCAGUCAGUGUGCCUUGGCGGCGGGGGACCAGGGCAAGCCGAGGUCCCUCCCCAAAUCUGUGAUUGACGUGUGCCGCAUGGUCUACCAGGCUAAGUGCUCUUUGAUCAAGACCCACCAAGAACAAGGGCGCUCCUACAAGGAAGUGUGUGCGCCCGUCAUCGAGCGCCUGCGCUUCCUCUUCAACGAGCUGCGUCCGGCGGUGAGCAACGACCUGUCCAUCGUGUCCAAGAUCAAGCUGCUGAGCUCCCAGCCACGCUGGCGCAGGAUCGCACAGAAACUCAUACGGGAGCGCCGGAAGAAAAGAGGGUCCAAGAAGUCCAGUGGUGUGGAGGAGGCUAAGCUGGAGAACGAAGGAACCAUAGAAGAAGACGCUAACAUCAGCCCCACGUCUCCUGAUAGGAAAUCACCCACUAGCAAGACAGCCAAGCAGGACAAGUGGCAGCCUAUCCUGAGCAGCGUGGACAACGUGCAGAAGUACCGCUGGCUGAAACACAGCAUCCGGGGCGCCUUCCCCCAGUCCAGCCUCAUGAGCAAGAUCGUGGAGUUUGCCCUGAAGGAGGAGCCUCUGGACGUGGAGAAGAUGAGGAAGUGUCUCCUCAAGCAGCUGGAGCGGGCGGAGGUGAGGCUGGAGGGCAUCGACACCAUGUUGAAGUUGGCCUCCAAGAGCUUCCUGCUGCCCUCGGUGCAGUACGCCAUGCUGUGUGGCUGGCAGAGGGUCAUACCUGAAGGAACCAACAUUGGUGAGCCGCUUUCCGACUGCCUGAAGGAUGUGGAUUUGAUCCCUCCCUUCAACCGCAUGCUCCUGGAAGUCACCUUUGGCAAGUUGUACUCCUGGGCCAUCCACAACGUUCGCCACAUCCUGCUGGAAGCCAGCGCACGCUUCAAAGAGCUUGGUGUGCAGCCGGUCCCUCUGCAGACCAUCACCAACGAAAACCCGGCUGGACCGAGCCUGGGCACCAUUCCUCAGGCCCGCUUCCUGCUGGCCAUGAUACACAUGCUGUCCCUCAAACAUGGCGCCAACAGUCUGAGUCUGCUGCUCAACUCUGGCAUACUGGCCCUCACGCAGAGCAUCCUCAGACUCAUCGGGCCCAGCACAGACAGCAGCGAGGAGGACCUGAAUUUGUCGGCGCACGAAGGCUCAGCCACCGUGCUGGAAGAGUCCAGGAAGGAAGCUGUGCCCACCCCUGUUCCUGCAUCUGGUCCGGAGCUGGCAGCCAUGAUGAAGAUAGGCACCAGGGUGAUGAGGGGAGUCGACUGGAAGUGGGGAGAUCAGGACGGUCCAUCUCCAGGUCUGGGCCGGGUGAUCGGGGAGCUGGGAGAGGACGGCUGGAUACGAGUCCAGUGGGACACCAGCAGCACCAACUCCUACCGGAUGGGAAAAGAGGGCAAGUACGAUCUCAAGCUGGCGGAGCCGCCGCUCGCCAUCCAGCCCGCCGCCGAGGACUCGGACACGGAAGAUGAUGCCGGUCAGUUCACGCGGCCCUCAUUGGCCGCAGAAUUAGGUGAUAUCGCGGAGAAGAGCAGCCAUCCGACAGCCAUGAUGCUAACGAGCACCGUCAACCUGCUCAAGACCUUAGCCUUGUCCUCGGGCAUCUAUGCCGACGUGCUGCAGACGGACGCCACGCGCGCUCUCUGCGGCCUGCUCAGGACGCUUGUGGAGAGCGCCAUCGGCGACAAGACGGGUUGCCACGCCCACAGGCUGGUGUCUCGGGAGCAGCACAAGAGCUGGUGCACGCUGGGCUUCAUACGCAGCAUCGCACUCACGCCCCAGAUGUGCAGCACGCUCAGCACGCCCGCGUGGAUCGGCCUGCUCGUGCGCGUUGUGGAGGGAAACCACUCCUUCAACGCCCUCACCUUGCAGAGACAGAUCCUGGCACUCCGUCUCCUGCAAGCGGUGCUGCCCUCCUGGGACAAGCUGGAGCGUUGUCAGGACAUGCGCUUCCUGGUGGAGAAGUUGUUUGGCUUCUUGGGGAGUCUGCUGAGCACCUGUUCCUCGGACCUGCCUCUGCUCAGAGAGGGCUCCCUGCGAAGGAGGAAGUCCCGCCCCCAGGCCUCCCUGACAGCCACUCACAGCAGCACGCUGGCAGAGGAGAUGGUGUCUGUCCUUCGCACGCUGCACUCUCUGAGCCAGUGGAACGCACUCAUCAACGACUACAUCAACGCUCAGCUCAGCUCCAUCGGAGACGUCAUGGCCAGCUGCCAGUCGGAAGCCAGCUUCCUGGAGGAGUACUUCCCCGAUGCGGAGGGUCCCCGGGUGGGCAGCCUGAUGGCGGUGUUGGCGGUGAUCGGGGGCAUCGACGGGCGCCUGCGCCUCGGCGGCCAGGUGGUCCACGAGGAGUACGGCGAGGGAACGGUGACGCGCAUCACUCCCAAAGGGCGCAUCACGGCACAGUUCCACGAGAUGCGGAACAGCCGGGUGUGCCUGCUGGGCCACCUCAAGCCUCUCCCCACCGUCACCUUCAGCGUGCACAACCUGCCCUUCUCCGAGCCCAUGUUGGCGGUUUGGGCCCAGCUGGUCAGCCUGGCAGGAAGCAGACUGGAGAAGCAGCGCUUGAAGAAGUGUCUCAGUCGAGGUCUGACAGCUGACCAGGUGGAUAUCCACCUGCUGCGAUGGCAGCAGCUGAGGCUCUACAUCCUGAAGGCAGCACGAGCACUGCUGUCCCACCAGGACAAACUCCGGCAGAUUCUGUGCCAGCCGGCUGUGUCGGACACGGGAGGGAACCCCAGUGCAGAAGACCCUGUGGCGUCCUCGCCUGACGCAGGAGACCUGUCGCCCGAGGGUCCUCUCCCUCCACUCAUCCUUCUGCAGCAGCUUCUGUCCGCUGCCACGCAGCCCUCGCCCAUCAAAGCCGUGUUUGACAGACGGGAGAUGGAGGCGGCGGCCCUGGCUGUGUGUCAGUACCUGGCGGUGGAGUCGGCCCACCCGUCCUCUCCACUGUUCGAGGAGAGCAGCUCCAGCGAGGCCACCACGCCGGUCACCGUGCAGCACGUCAGGCCGCCCAAGCAGAAGAAGCACAAGACAUCCGCCGUGCCGCCGCUCCCCAUCGUGCUGCAGCUGAUGGAGAUGGGCUUCCCCAGGAAGAACAUCGAGUUCGCCCUGAAGUCACUGUCGGGGACCACGGGCAGCGCAUCUGCGGUCCCAGGUGUGGAGGCUCUGGUGUGCUGGCUGCUGGACCAUCCCGAUGUUCACACCUCAGAGGCGUCAGACGCCGACACCGUGUCGGACGAAUACUCUGACGAGGAAGUGCUGGAGGAAGUUGAAGAGGUUGAGCCGACGUUCUCUGUGCCUCCUGGUGCAGUGGUGACGGAAAGCCAGACAUUCAAGAAGAGAUCAGAUUUCCUAAGUAACGACGACUAUGCCGUUUACGUGCGAGAGAACAUUCAGGUGGGCAUGAUGGUGAAGUGCUGCAGGGCGUACGAGGAAGUGUAUGACGGAGACACGGGCAAAGUGAUCAAGCUGGACCGCGACGGGCUCCACGACUUGAACGUGCAGUGCGACUGGCAGCAGAAGGGGGGCACCUACUGGGUGCGCUACAUCCACAUCGAGCUGAUUGGAUUCCCACCUCAAAGUUCUCCCUCCCAUAUAAAGAUCGGCGACAAAGUGAUAGUGAAACCUUCUGUCACCACGCCAAAGUACAAAUGGGGCUCGGUCACCCACAGGAGUGUGGGCGUGGUCAAAGCAUUCAGUGCCAACGGGAAGGACGUAAUCGUGGACUUCCCUCAGCAGUCGCACUGGACCGGCUUGUUGGCUGAGAUGGAGCUGGUUCCCAGUGUGCACCCUGGGAUCAGGUGUGACGGCUGUCAGAUGUUCCCCAUAUAUGGUGCCAGGUUCAAGUGCAGGAACUGUGACGACUUUGACUUCUGCGAAAACUGCUUCAAGACACGCAGACACAACAGCAGGCAUUCUUUUGGCAGAAUCAAUGAGCCUGGUCAGUCUCCGGCCUUCUGCGGCCGCUCUGGCAAGCAGCUGAAGAAACACCACAGCAGUCAGCGAGGGACACUAAUUGAGGAGUGGUCUCGUGCUGUCAAGAGUCUCAGCGUGUCGUCGUCCGUCAACCAGGCCUCGCGCCUCAUGGACUGCAGCGACCAGUGCUGGCAGUCGUCCGGCUCGCAGGGAAAGCACUGGAUCCGACUGGAGCUCUUCCCAGACGUCCUGGUGCACCGGCUGAAGAUGGUGGUGGACCCAGCAGACAGCAGCUACAUGCCCUCCCUGGUGGUGGUGUCGGGCGGCAGCUCCUUGAACAACCUCAUGGAGCUGAAGACCAUCAACAUCAACCCCACGGACACCAGCAUCCUUCUGCUGAGCGACUGCACAGAGUAUCACAGGUACGUGGAGGUGGGCAUCAAGCAGUGCCGCAGCUCCGGUAUCGACUGCAAGAUCCACGGGCUGGCCAUCGUGGGCCGUGUCAGAGCCGAGGACGAAGACCUGGCCACGGUUCCUUUCCUGGCCUCCGACAACGAGGAAGAGGACGAAGACAAGGCGGCCGCGGGCAGUCUGGCUCGCAAGAAGUCCUCUGGGUUGGAGUCGGCCGCCACCAUCAGGACCAAAGUCUUUGUCUGGGGACUGAAUGACAAGGACCAGCUGGGCGGACUCAAAGGAUCCAAGAUCAAAGUGCCCUCCUUUUCUGAGACCCUCUCCGCUCUCAACGUGGUCCAAGUGGCUGGUGGUUCUAAGAGUCUCUUUGCAGUCACAGUGGAGGGGAAGAUCCACGCGUGCGGCGAGGCCACCAACGGCCGGUUAGGUCUGGGCCUGUCCAGCGGCACCAUCCCCAUCCCCCGACAGAUCAGCGCCCUCAGCAACUAUGUGGUGAAGAAGGUGGCCGUGCACUCGGGAGGACGCCACGCCAUGGCGCUCACCGUGGACGGGAAGGUCUUCUCCUGGGGCGAGGGAGACGACGGGAAGCUGGGACACUUCAGCAGGAUGAACUGUGACAAACCUCGCCUGAUCGAAGCUCUGAAGACCAAACGCAUUCGAGACAUCGCCUGCGGCAGUUCUCACAGCGCCGCCAUCACCUCCUCCGGCGAGCUGUACAGCUGGGGCCUGGGGGAAUACGGCCGCCUCGGACACGGGGACAACACCACCCAGCUCAGGCCCAAACUGGUGAAAGUGCUGCUGGGAUACCGUGUGGUGCAGGUGGCGUGUGGCAGCAGGGACGCUCAAACUCUGGCACUCACUGAUGAAGGGUUGGUGUUCUCUUGGGGCGACGGAGACUUCGGCAAGUUGGGUCGCGGAGGCAGCGAGGGUUGCAACAUCCCCCAGAACAUCGAGAGGCUGAACGGACAGGGCGUCUCCCAAAUCGAAUGCGGCGCUCAGUUCUCCUUGGCUCUGACCAAAUCAGGCGUGGUGUGGACAUGGGGCAAAGGGGACUACUUCCGACUGGGACACGGCACGGACGUCCACGUGCGGAAGCCCCAGAUGGUGGAGGGCCUGCGAGGCAAGAAGAUAGUCCAUGUCGCAGUCGGAGCCUUGCACUGUUUGGCGGUCACGGAUUCAGGACAGGUGUACGCCUGGGGGGACAACGACCACGGACAACAAGGCAACGGCACCACAACGGUCAACAGGAAGCCCAUGCUGGUGCAGGGUCUGGAGGGCCAGAAGAUCACCAGAGUGGCCUGUGGCUCCUCCCACAGCGUAGCCUGGACCACCGUGGAUGUGACCACGCCCUCUGUCCACGAGCCGGUCCUGUUCCAGACUGCCAGGGACUCACUCGGGGCGUCUUAUUUAGGUGUGCAGUCAGACAGCAGCGACUCCUCUGCCAGAAACAAGAUGAGCGGUCAGAGCAACGCGAAGCCAAACCGACCGUCACUGGCCAAGAUUCUCCUCAGCCUGGACGGCAACCUGGCCAAGCAACAAGCGCUCUCUCAUGUUCUGUCCGCCUUACAGAUCAUGUAUGCCAGGGAUGCUGUGGUUGGCGCCCUGAUGCCCGCCAGCAUGAUGGUGCCAGCAGAGCGUCCUCCCAGCUCUCCUCUGCCCCCGCCUGACUCCUCCUCCUCAUCCAGUGUCACUGGCGAUGAAGGCUCGCCUGUCCUGCCGGAACCCGAGGGCCCGGUCAGCCCCAACCCUUGGCAGGACAAGAAGGGAGAGCUGCCCUCUUCAGAAGACGCACUGACGCCGUCAUCAGCAGUCACACCGUCUGCCUCCGGCGCCUCCUCUCGUCCGUUCAUCCCCGUCACCGACGACCCGGGAGCUGCCAGCAUCAUCGCAGAGACCAUGACUAAGACCAAAGAGGACUCGGAGAACCAGAGCAAAGUUGUGGGUCCUGAACCUCAGUACCUGGAUGAGUUCUCCAGCCUGCUGGUGCCCGAUGACACCAGAGUCAUGGUGGACCUGCUCAAACUGGCCGUGUCCUGUCGCUCCGGGGACAAAGGCAAGGACGUGCUGUCGGCCGUGUUGUCCGGCAUGGGGACGGCAUACCCGCAGGUGGCCGACAUGCUGCUGGAGCUGUGCGUCACCGAGCUGGAGGACGUGGCCACCGACUCUCAGAGCGGCCGCCUGUCCUCCCAGCCCGUGGUGGUGGAGAGCAGCCACCCCUACACCGACGACACCUCCACCAGCGGCACCGUCAAGAUCCCCGGUGCCGAAGGUCUGAGGAUCGAGUUCGACCGGCAGUGCUCGACGGAAAGACGCCACGACCCGCUGACGGUCAUGGAUGGAGCCAACAGGAUCAUCUCCGUCAGAUCAGGUCGGGAGUGGACGGACUGGUCCAGUGAGUUAAGGAUCCCGGGAGACGAGCUUAAAUGGAAAUUCACCAGCGACGGCUCCGUUAACGGCUGGGGGUGGCGCUUCACCGUCUACCCCAUCAUGCCUGCCGCCGGUCCGAAAGACUUGCUGUCCGACCGCUGCAUCUUGUCCUGCCCCUCCAUGGACUUGGUGACUUGCCUCCUGGACUUCAGGCUCAACUUCGCCUCCAACAGGAGCAUCGUGCCCCGCCUGGCUGCUUCCCUGGCGGCGUGCGCCCAGCUUAGCGCGCUAGCUGCAGGACACAGGAUGUGGGCUCUCCAAAGACUGAGGAAGCUCCUGACCACGGAGUUUGGGCAGUCCAUCAACAUCAACAGGCUGCUGGGAGACACUGAGGGCGAGACUCGCUCCAUGAGUUUCACAGGCAGUGCACUGGCCGCACUGGUCAAGGGUCUCCCGGAGGCCUUGCAGAGGCAGUACGAGUACGAGGACCCCAUCGUCAGGGGAGGCAAGCAGCUGCUCCACAGCCCCUUCUUCAAGGUGUUGGUGGCCCUGGCCUGCGACCUGGAGCUGGACACCCUGCCGUGUUGCGCCGAAGCCCACAAGUGGGCCUGGUUCCGCCGCUACUGCACAGCCUCCAGAGUGGCCGUGGCUCUGGAUAAAAGGACGUCCUUCCCCAGAGCCUUCCUGGAUGAAGUGACCAAGAAGAUCCGCGAGCUGAUGGCCGACCACGAGAGCAUGAACGUCCUGCACGAGAGUCACGACUUGUUCAAGCGCGAGCACGACGAGCAGCUGGUGCAGUGGAUGAACCGCCGGCCAGACGACUGGACCCUCUCUGCCGGUGGCAGCGGCACCAUCUACGGCUGGGGCCACAACCACCGCGGUCAGCUGGGGGGCAUCGAAGGGGCAAAGGUCAAAGUGCCCACCCCGACCGAGACCCUCUCCACUCUGCGGCCCGUGCAGCUCAUUGGAGGCGAGCAAACUCUGUUUGCCGUGACCGCGGAUGGAAAUCUGUACGCCACGGGCUACGGCGCCGGAGGCCGGCUGGGCAUCGGGGGGACAGAGUCGGUGUCGGCCCCGACCCUGCUGGAGUCCAUCCAGCACGUCUUCAUCAGGAAAGUGGCGGUGAACUCGGGAGGGAAGCACUGCUUGGCGCUGUCCUCCGAGGGAGAAGUGUACUCGUGGGGCGAGGCGGAGGACGGCAAACUGGGCCACGGCAACAGAAGCCCCUGCGAUCGUCCUCGGGUGAUCGAGUCCCUGCGGGGACUGGAGGUGGUGGACAUCGCCGCGGGAGGAGCACACAGCGCCUGCAUCACGGCCAGCGGCGAGCUCUUCACCUGGGGGAAGGGCCGAUACGGACGACUGGGUCACGGGGACAGCGAGGACCAGCUGAAGCCCAAGUUGGUGGACGCACUGCAGGGUCACCGUGUCAUCGACGUGGCGUGCGGCAGCGGCGACGCGCAAACUCUGUGUCUGACGGACGACGGCAUGGUGUGGUCCUGGGGAGACGGCGACUACGGCAAACUGGGCCGAGGCGGCAGCGACGGAUGCAAAAUACCCAUGAAGAUCGAUUCCCUGACGGGCGCGGGCGUGAUGAAAGUGGAGUGCGGCUCGCAGUUCUCGGUGUCCCUGACCAAGGCCGGAGCCGUGUACACGUGGGGGAAAGGAGACUACCACCGGCUGGGCCACGGCUCUGACGACCACGUGAGACGACCCCGGCAGGUCCAGGGCCUCCAGGGGAAGAAGGUCAUCGCCAUCGCCACGGGGUCGCUGCACUGCGUUUGCUGCACCGAGGACGGAGAAGUGUACACGUGGGGCGACAAUGACGAGGGCCAGCUGGGGGACGGCACCACCAACGCCAUCCAGAGGCCGCGGCUCGUCGCCGCUCUGCAGGGCAAGAGGAUCAACAGGGUGGCGUGUGGCUCGGCUCACACGCUGGCCUGGUCCACCAGCACGCCCGCCAACGCCGGCAAACUGCCCGCACAGGUUCCCAUGGAGUACAACCACCUGCAGGAGAUCCCCAUCAUGGCGCUGAGGAACAGACUGCUGCUGCUGCACCACAUCUCUGAACUCUUCUGUCCCUGCAUACCCAUGUUCGACCUGGAGGGCCGCCUGGGUCAGACGGGCCACGGACCCUCGCUGGGCUCUGAUACGCUGCGGGGAAUCCUCAUCUCGCAGGGCAAGGAAGCGGCUUUCAGGAAGGUGGUGCAAGCCACCAUGGUGAGGGACCGCCAGCAUGGACCUGUGGUGGAGCUCAACAGGAUACAGGUGAAGCGUUCCCGGAGCAAAGGAGGCCUGGCGGGUCCAGACGGGACCAAGUCUGUGUUUGGUCAGAUGUGUGCCAAGAUGAGCUCCUUCAGCCCCGACAGUCUGCUGCUGCCUCACCGCGUGUGGAAGGUCAAGUUUGUGGGCGAGUCCGUGGACGACUGCGGCGGCGGUUACAGCGAGUCCAUCGCCGAGAUGUGCGAGGAGCUGCAGAACGCCCUCACCCCGCUGCUCAUCGUCACACCCAACGGCCGCGACGAGUCGGGAGCCAACAGGGACUGUUUCCUGCUUAACCCCGCCUCCAAGUCGCCGCUUCACAUGACCAUGUUCCGCUUCCUAGGAGUCCUGCUGGGCAUUGCAAUCCGCUCUGGGAGUCCACUAAGUCUGAAUCUGGCAGAACCAGUUUGGAAACAACUCUCAGGAAUGAACCUGACCAUCGCUGACCUCAGUGAGGUGGACAAAGACUUCAUCCCGGGUCUGAUGUACAUCCGAGACAAUGAGGCCACGGCGGAGGAGUUUGAGGCCAUGACACUUCCUUUCACCGUGCCCAACGCCAGCGGGCAGGACAUCCAGCUCAGCUCCAAGCACUCGCACAUCACGCUGGACAACCGCGCCGAGUACGUGCGCCUCGCCAUCAACUACAGGUUGCACGAGUUUGACGAGCAGGUGUCUGCCGUACGCGAAGGAAUGGCUCGUGUUGUUCCUGUUCCUCUGCUCUCACUCUUCACCGGUUAUGAACUGGAAACUAUGGUGUGUGGGAGUCCUGACAUCCCACUGCACCUGCUGAAGUCAGUGGCCACCUACAAGGGGGUGGAGCCUACAGCGCCGCUCAUCCAGUGGUUCUGGGAGGUCAUGGAGUCCUUCUCCAACACGGAGCGCUCGCUCUUCCUCAGGUUCGUGUGGGGACGCACUCGGCUGCCGCGCACCAUCGCUGACUUCCGGGGGCGAGACUUUGUGGUGCAGGUGCUGGACAAGUACAACCCUCCUGACCACUUCCUGCCAGAGUCCUACACCUGCUUCUUCCUGCUCAAGCUGCCCAGGUACUCGUGCAAGCAGGUGCUGCAGGACAAGCUCAAGUACGCCAUCCACUUCUGCAAGUCCAUCGACACCGACGACUACGCACGCAUCGCCUUGUCGGGGGAGCCCGCCGCCGACGACAGCAGCGAUGACCUGGACAACGAGGACGCCGACUCCUUCGCAUCCGACUCCACCCAGGACUAUCUCACUGGGCACUGACCUCUGACCUUUUCUAAUGCUCACAUUCCUGCGGGCGUUCUUCUCAGACGCACUCAUCUGAGUGUGUGUGUGUGUGUGUGUGUGUGUGUGUGCACUCAUCUGAGUGUGUGUGUGUUUGUGUGUGUGUGUGUGUGCGUGUGUGUGUGUGUGUGUGUGUGUGAGUGUGUGUGUGUGUGCACUCAUCUGUGUGUGUGUGUGCGUGUGUGCACUUAUCUGAGUGUGUGUGUGUGUGUGUGUGUGUGCACACUCAUCUGAGUGUGUGUGUGUGUGUGCGCACUCAUCUGAGUGUGUGUGCGUGUGUGUGCACUCAUCUGAGUGUGUGCACUCAUGAGUGUGUGUGCACUCAUGAGUGUGUGUGCGUGUGUGUGCACUCAUCUGAGUGUGUGUGUGUGCACUCAUCUGAGUGUGUGUGCGUGUGUGCACUCAUCUGAGUGUGUGUGUGUGUGUGUGUGUGUGUGUGUGCACUCAUCUGAGUGUGUGUGCGUGUGUGUACUCAUCUGAGAGUGUGUGUGUGUGUGUGUGUGUGUGUGUGUGUGCACUCAUGAGUGUGUGUGUGCACUCAUGAGUGUGUGUGCGUGUGUGUGCACUCAUCUGAGAGUGUGUGUGUGUGUGUGUGUGUGUGUGUGUGUGUGUGUGUGUGCACUCAUGAGUGUGUGUGUGUGUGCAUUCAUCUGAGUGUGUGCGCGUGUGUGUACUCAUCUGAGUGUGUGUGUGUGUGCGCGCACUCAUGAGUGUGUGUGUGUGUGCACUCAUCUGAGUGUGUGCGUGUGUGUGUACUCAUCUGAGUGUGUGUGUGUGUGCACUCAUCUGAGUGUGUGUGUGUGUGUGUGUGUGCACUCAUGAGUGUGUGUGUGUGUGCGCACUCAUCUGAGUGUGUGUGCGUGUGUGUGUACUCAUCUGAGUGUGUGUGUGUGUGUGUGCACUCAUCUGAGUGUGUGUGCGUGUGUGUGCACUCAUCUGAGUGUGUGUGCGUAUGUGUGCACUCAUCUGAGUGUGUGUGUGUGCACUCAUCUGAGUGUGUGUGUUUGUGUGUGUGUGUGUGUGCGUGUUUGCAAAUGAUCUUAGAAGAAGAAAAAGAAGUGCGGACUUUGCUUUCAUGUUGUGAGUGAAGUUGGUUUCACUUUCACAUCGCCAGAAGAAGUCACUUCCUGUCUUGUAAAUACGCUGCCAGGUAAAAAGUUGCAUCCACAAAAUUGUUGUUCUGACAAAAGUGUUGUAGUGAAAGUGUGUACAUAAAUAAGAUGAUGACAGUCCUGCAGACUCCAUCUUCGUACUUCAGGAAUACAAACGUGACUCAUCAACCAA